UCACUAUAAGUGGCCCUUCAACAUCCUUACACCAACUCCACUGACACCGUUCACAUUUUAGAUUUUAUCUCUCCUUUUCUGCUUCCUAGCCUCUCAAAGAGAACUUGGUUUGGGAGUGGGAUAGAUAGAGCAUUUGGGUGGAGAAAGAUGAUAAUCAACGUGAAAGAGUCAACCAUGGUGCAGCCGGCGGAGGAGACGCCCCGGAGGGGGCUGUGGAAUUCUAAUGUGGACUUGGUGGUACCAAGGUUCCACACCCCAAGUGUCUAUUUUUAUAGGCCCACAGGUGCCCCAAACUUCUUUGAUGCAAAAGUGCUCAAAGGGGCUUUGAGUAAGGCCCUUGUGCCGUUCUACCCCAUGGCAGGACGGUUACGUAGAGAUGAGGAUGGUCGCAUUGAAAUUAAUUGCAAUGCUGAGGGAGUGUUGUUUGUUGAGGCUGAGACCACCUCAGUUAUAGAUGAUUUUGCUGAUUUUGCACCCACUUCGGAGCUCAAGCAGCUCAUACCUACUGUGGAUUACUCUGGCGGGAUAUCUACUUAUGCACUUUUGGUUCUGCAGGUGACUUAUUUCAAAUGCGGAGGAGUUUCACUUGGUGUUGGUAUGCAACACCAUGCAGCGGAUGGGUUUUCUGGUCUUCACUUCGUGAACACAUGGUCAGAUAUGGCUCGUGGACUUGACCUUACCAUUCCACCCUUCAUUGACAGGACCCUUCUCCGUGCUAGAGAUCCACCUCAACCUGCAUUCUACCACGUUGAGUACCAGCCUCCACCGUCCAUGAAAACCGUUCUUGAAACCUCAAAACCAGAGAGCACGGCAGUCUCCAUUUUUAAGUUGUCUAGGGAUCAGCUCAGCACCCUCAAAGCCAAAGCAAAUGAAGAUGGAAACAAUAUUAGUUAUAGUUCAUAUGAGAUGUUGGCGGCUCAUGUGUGGAGAUCAACAUGCAAAGCACGUGAACUUCCUGAUGAUCAAGAGACCAAGUUAUAUAUUGCCACAGAUGGUCGGUCAAGAUGGCAACCUCAACUCCCUCCUGGUUACUUUGGCAAUGUGAUCUUUACAGCAACACCAAUUGCGGUAGCUGGUGAAAUGCAAUCAAAGCCAACAUGUUAUGCUGCAGGAAAAAUUCAUGAUGCAUUGGUGCGCAUGGAUAACGAUUAUUUAAAGUCAGCUCUUGAUUAUCUAGAGCUUCAGCCUGACUUGUCAGCCCUUGUUCGUGGUGCCCAUAGUUUCCGGUGCCCAAAUCUUGGGAUUACUAGCUGGGUUAGAUUGCCAAUCCACGAUGCAGAUUUUGGCUGGGGCAGACCCAUAUUCAUGGGGCCUGGUGGGAUCGCAUACGAGGGCUUGUCAUUCAUCUUACCCAGCCCAACAAAUGAUGGGAGCAUGUCAGUUGCCAUAUCUUUGCAAGCUCAACAUAUGAAACUAUUUGAGAAGUUCAUAUAUGACAUUUAACUGAAUAAGCCAAGGCUAGCAUCCUCUCGUGGUUUUCGUCGUCCUGUCAGUAAAACCAGGCCGGGAAAAUUCAGUAUACCAUUUUUUCUCUUGUUGGCCAUGUAUCUUUCUCAGUAUUUUUUUCACGCAUGGUUUGAUGUAACAAGACUAUUUCAAAGGAUAAUACCCUCCUGACCGAGGGCUUAUGUUGUGAACAUAUCAAGACUCUUUGAGAAGCAGAACUGUAUUCAACCUAAUUUGAUGUAAUAAGUGAGAUGGUUGCAUGCCACAGCAUCAAUUGGAAACUAGUUGGUUGAUACAUUAAUGACAGUGGCAACCACGUUUCGACAUUACGUAA